AUGGCUAUCGAAAAUACUACAUCCACAUCUGAGGGAACUAACACAUCUGGAGGUGAUACUAAUGGUGUUUUGUAUGUGCAUCCCUCAGACAAUCCAGGAAUGAUGCUUGUACCUGUUCAGUUUGAUGGAACAGGAUAUAGGUCUUGGAGAAGAGGUGUCAUGAGGGCUUUAUCAGUGAAAAAUAAGUUGGGUUUCAUUGUUGGAAGCUGUGAGAAACCAAAUGCCAAUUCACCUCAAUUAUGUCAAUGGCAGAGUUGUGUUUGUGUAUGUGGUGCAAAGGAUGGUAUGCACAAGGCUGAAAAAGAUAGGCGUUUAAUUCAGAUUCUUAUGGGAUUAAAUGAAGUGUACACAGUGAUAAAAGGAAAUAUCCUCAUGAUGAAUCCACUUCCUUCCACGGGUCAGUCUUUCUCAUUGUUGAUCCAUGAGGAAAAACAAAGAGAGUUUAAGCCUAUUGGUAGGAUGUCUACAGAUUCAGUUUCUUUGAAUGUUAAAGCUGGUGAUAACAAAGGCCAUGGAGAAAGACUUUUUAGAACAAAUUUUCAAGGACACAAUUAUGCAAAUGGUUAUGGAAAUCAUGGUGAUGCUAAUAAUAGUUUAGGAGGAAAUAGUAACAACAGUAGAAGUGCCAUAGUGUGUGACUAUUGUAAGAGGACUGGGCACAUCAAGGAUAAGUGUUACAAGUUGCAUGGGUAUCCUCAAAGAAGUAACAAUCAAAAUUAUAGACCAGGGAAUUACAAUGGUGGUCAGAGUUUUAGACAACAAAGCUCAAAUUAUAAUGGAAAGAAAGUGGUAGCAAAUGUACAUGAUACUGUAAGUGACGUGGUGUCUGCUAAUGGAGAGGAACAAUCACAAUCACAAGGUGACAAUUUAAAGAAUGUUAACUUCACGAAGGAACAAUAUGGACAGAUCAUGAGCCUAUUGCAACAUUUCCAAAAUGAGAAUAUGGGAGAAGAUGCUAAUACUAAUAAUGCUUCUGGUAUGACUGCUGGAUCAAUGAAUUUUGUAGGUAUUGUGGUUUUCUCUUCCUCUACUGUUUUUGACAAUCCUUCAUGCAAAUGUUUUGAAUCAAGUGCUAAUUUGUGGAUCAUUGACCCAGGAGCAUCAAACCACAUAACUUUUAGUAGAAACUCUCUAAUCAAUAUCAGAACCUUACCUUUUCCUAUACUAUUUUCUCUUCCAAAUGGAUACAAAGUCAAAGUAACAGAGUUUGGAGAUGCCCCUUUAGUGAAGAGUCCUCAGGUUCUUGGUAAUUGUAGAGAUGGGCUUUACUUCUUAUGCACAAAGUGCUUGAAGACCUCUGAUAGAAUCAAUACAUAUCAAUACAAAGUGCUUGUUUCUAAUUCUGUUCCUCUUAAGUGUAAACCUUAUUCUAGUAGUGUGGAUGUUCUGGAUGAUCACAACUCUUGUAGUACUACUGGAUAUAAUGUAGAUUUACUGUGGCACAAUAGACUUGGCCAUUCACUUGUUGAGAACAUUUGUCAUGAUAGUGAGCCAUCAUCAUAUGAGGAAGCAUCACUAAACCCUGCAUGGCAAAAGGCUAUGACACAAGAAUUUGAAGCAUUGUAUGCUAAUGAUACUUGGGAUCUAGUUGCUUUACCACCAAAUAAACAAGCAGUUUGA